GGUCAGGUUCCCGACCUGAUAACGUUCUACCUUUGCGUAGUGUGGCGGUAUUAGCUCUGCAUAUCUAUCCCGUCACACCUAAUUCCCUUCGUCUCUUCCUUACUCGAACAUGCGACUUUUGAAGGCCCUAGAGGACGGCCAACUGACUCUAACCAAAGAUCUCACGAGCAAUAUACCCCCAUAUGCGAUACUUCUCAUACGUGGGGACAUAACAAAGGACACAGCAAAGCACAAGAAUGGUUAUAAAAAGAUCGAAUUCUGUGCGCAAAAGGCCACAUCUGAUAGCCUUGCGUAUUUCUGGGUGGAUAGUUGUUGCAUUGAUAAGUCAAAUAACACUGAGCUCACCACAGCAAUCAACUCUAUGUUCAAGUGGUAUCAGAAUGCGGCCAAAUGCUACGUAUAUCUGUCAGAUGUCUCUUGCAGUCGUCUUCGACGACGCGACGACGCGUGGAAAUCAGCGUUCCGGCAUAGUAAAUGGUUCACGCGUGGAUGGACGCUUCAGGAACUCAUCGCUCCGUCUGUACUUACACACCGCCGAUUAAUUCAUCAGCUAACGGGAAUUUCAGGGCCAGCUUUGCGUGGGGCUCCUCUGUCUGAAUUCAGCAGAAGAGAGAGAUUGUUAUGGGCAGAGGGGCGAAUCACGAAGCUUGAAGAAGACAGGGCCUACUCCCUAAUUGGUCUUUUCGAGAUAUCUUUGCCGCUUGUAUAUGGCGAAGGUGUGAAACUGGCAUUCAGGAGACUAGAAGAAGAGAUUGACAAGCAGGAGGCGUUCGAGCGGCGUGACCGGUUACCAGACCACAGAUCAUGCUCCGUUUCUUCGUCGCCGUUCAAGGCUAAGGAGAGAAUGGAGCCUUGUCUUCAGUCUUUGUUGUUCCCAGAAAUGAAUACUCGACGCCUGAGUGUUGAAAACCCUGCUGAUGAGACCUGUCUUUGGCUUUUUUCCCAUCAGCUGUACCAAGAUUGGUUCAUUGGAAAAGGUGAAAACCUCAUUUUUCUGAAGGGGAAGCCAGGCGCAGGGAAAUCGACUUUGAUGAAGGAGGCUUUUCGCCGAGCUUUGCUUGAGCGGCAUGACUCUGAAGACAGGGUCGCAGCAUUUUUUUUCAACGGGAAAGCAGGACCCCUGGAAAAGUCGGCGCUUGGCCUUUAUCGGUCUGUGCUAUAUCAACUUCUGCCCGGAAAUCAGGACCUCGAACGUUUCUGCACAUUGUGGGAAGAGAAAUUUUCUGGCUACUAUAACAAUGAACAGAAAGGUGGCACUUGGAAUACAGUGGAACUCCAGAAUUUCUUCUCAUCCAUGUUCAGGCAUCGUAGAACAAAGCGGACAAUAAUAUUCAUAGAUGCACUCGACGAGUGCAAGGAGAAGAACAUUCAGCGGAUUGUUGGUUUUUGGGAAAGGGUUACGGACCAGGCUUCGUACACCGCAGCGAGGCUGAGUGUAUGCAUUUCUAUCAGAGACUUUCCGGGGAUCACAGCCUCGGGCUCUGAAGCAAUUAUUGUGCAGAAUAACAACAGUCACGACAUAACAACCUACGUUGAGCAGAAGUUCAUGCGCAGUAUUGCAGCUGAGGAGCCGCAGUGGAAACUUUUGAAAGACGGGAUCCUAUACAAAUCCUCUGGCGUAUUUCUCUGGGUGGUUUUGGUAGUGGACGAUUUGCUAAAAAGGCGGAACGACGGGGGAAGUAUACAGUACUUACUAAAGCAGCUUGAUACCGUUCCAGACCAGCUCCAGCAUUUAUUCUCUCCGGUCAAGCCUCUCCGUCUAUAUGAAUGGCACCAUAUAUUGGCGUUCAUCAGAAAACCGCCACCCUUGUCGCUGCAGGAAUGGCGUGAGUCGGACCACUUCACCAGGGAUGAUAACCAGCUUGAGAAAAAGAUCAAGAGCCUCUCGCGGGGCCUACUCGAAAUACUAACUAGCAACGAUGAUGUGCAUGACGAAAGCUUGGAAACAAUAUCCGACUGCGCUGGGGCGGGAUCCCUUAGCCUUGGAUCUGGAGAGACGCGGAUUGUGCAAGUGAUACACGAGUCAGUCCGUGAAUUUUUCCUGAAAAUGAGAGGAUUUUCCACCCUAGACCAAGAAAACAGGAGAAAGCCCCAUCAUACCUUGCAAGGUCAUAUUUCAAUAAUGACCACAUGUCUUGAUUACAUCAAUAUCAAAGAGUUGGAUACCCUCGUCCAGGCACUGAAUCGAGCAAACAAACAACGUAAUGAAGCGGCAGAUGUAAAAGAAUUUCUUGAGAAGCAAGACGAGAAUAUGGCUUGUGCGCCACAAAAACACGAGUUUUACACCAAAGCCCAAGCUCAAGACUCGUCUUGCUCUGGCGCCAAGCACAGACGGCACAAAAUUGCACUAGACAGACAGGAUGGACAGAGAAAGAUGCAAACUUCUAUCACCAAGCUCACCAAGAGUGUUUCUCAACAUAAAUUCACAGAAAUAUCCCAAUGGUUGGAACUGUUGCCAGCAGGCAAGUGGUCUGACGACACUGCCCUUGUUAAUAAGUCGUCAUUGAACCCUUUCCCAACACCCUCAGUAACGAACAGGUCUGAGGUAUUAGAGCACCAUCCUGCUCUUCUCUCGUACGCUCUGUAUGAGUUCCCAUCUCACGCUAAACGAGCUGGGAGACAACUUCCGGAAGACAUUGCUAAGCGCCUACAGCAAGGUGCGGAACUUGACCGCUGGAUAACACUUCGGGAAGAUUCAACUCUAGUAAGGGAUUAUAUAUUCCCACCUGAGCCGAACUCAAGGUUCAUGAUGUUGCAAACUCUUGAAGGCUUCCUAGAAAGGCAGAGUAUUUCUUCUGCAUCAGAGGGACAGAAAGACCAGAAGGCCAGAAGUUGGUCGAGUAGUGUUGCAAGUUUCAGUUCCGCCAGCAGCCAUAGAGGAAGUCUGGCAUGA